AUGGCUUUAUCAUGGAAUAUUCGAAUCGGGCGCAAAUCAUGGUUUAGGUUCGUCUUACCGAUUAUCGUUCUGAGUUUGUUGUGCUACGGUACGUGGGCUUACUGUCAUAAGCUAUGCUACGAACAGGUCGACAAACAACUUCAUCACAAAUCUGUUGCGGUUGGUCUUAUAUGCGCGGUAUGCUUCCUAGACGUGGUCGUGGUUUUUAUAUGGUUUCAAAUAGUUGUCUGGGUCGGUCCAGGUACCCAACCGCACGUAGCACCCUUUUUGAUCCUUCCUAUAGCUUCUAAAGAGAAGACCAGCGACAUUUCUCAAAAUACUUCGGUGGAAUACGAUGCCGUGGUCCCACCAAGGUGUUACCAGUCUGAUCCUCACGGAUACCCAAUAUGGUGCAGCCAAUGUCAAAGUCUAAAAAUGGAACGAACGCAUCAUUCUUCAGAGCUAGGACACUGCAUUCCUCGGUUUGAUCAUUACUGCAUGUGGAUAGGUACCGUUAUUGGUAGAGACAAUUAUAGACUUUUCGUCCAAUUUGCUGCUUAUUUUUCGGCUCUUUUACUCAUCAUAUGGGUGCCUAUCUGCGUUUACAUAAGGACUAUUACUCAACUCAACCAUAGCCAUACCCCCCGCUUAAAUGCAAAUUUAAUCACAACUUUAGUAUUUGCAAUCCUUGGAUGGUUAUUAACCACAAGUUUGUUGGGAUCAAGUAUUUUUUACAUGAGUCGAAACAAGACGUCUUUGGAGGCAAUCAUAGAUGGCAAAAGGAAAAAAUUUGGAACAAGAAAGAUAUUUUGCUAUUACUCGGAAGCAAACAGGUUGCGGUUUGUGGUAGAGUUUGAUAGGUCGGAAUUUCACUCCUUCUGGGAUAAGAAGACAAUCUUCGCCAAUAUAAAAGACUUUAUGGGUUCUAACAUACUUAUGUGGAUAAUUCCUUUAGGUAAGCCCUUUACAUUUCCAUGCGAAUCUGAUGACAAAGGUAGCCCAUUCCAAAGUGAUCAGAGAACUACGCUAGCGGAAAUACUGGGUCCCUAUGAAGAAACACUUAGUGAUUACACCAUCCAGGCCAUUGAAGAUAAGAUAUCAAGAGGAGAAUACCUGGCGACAUUGCGAGCCUCUGGUGAUGAUAGUGGUCCUGUUUACUAA